AGGGAGAGAGUACUGUUAUGGCUAUUAUGGCCUGUUGGACUAUACAGUCAGGAACCAAUAAGUAAUGAUGAUGCCUCUGUUUCAGAGUCAGGUUUUUUUUUUUUCUUUGUGCAUUACUGUAGGCUUAGUCAGUUCUUUGACUCUUGCUUUGCCUGUAUUUGUUACCUUUUAAGGACCACUAUCCAAAUAAUCCCACUAAUCACUCAGAAAAUGACACUAUAAAGUAUCCAUUGAUAUGCAUCCUUGAGAAAGAAUUGUUAAAUACAUUUGUCUCUGCCAAAUACUAGUUAUUUUUCUUACUUAUACUUCAUCUACUGUCUUUCUCUUCUUCCUCUCACUUUUUCUUUUUUCUUAUAUCAUGUAAUGCAGAGUGUAAACCCAUCAAGAUCCUUGCAUUAGCCUAUAGGAAAAUAAGAAGAGCAUAUCAGGAACCCAAGAAAUUGCUCAUCAUACUCUCAUUGCAUUUUGCGUUUUUAGCCUACACCCCAGAAAGCCAAAAGAAACUGAUCAGGAUGAUAUUAGCACCACAAACAAUGACUGAGAUGUGGGCAACAAUGGGCUCAACGAUUGCAAGUUUCAUGUUUAUUUGGGCUAUCUUUCGCCAAUACUGCCCAUAUGAGGUUCGUCGUUACUUUGAAAAAUAUACUCAAGGAAUCAUGACUUUCUUCUAUCCUUACAUUAAGAUAUCCAUCCAUGAGUACACAGGCGAUCGUCUCAAGAGAAGUGAAGCUUAUGCUGCUGUUGAGGCUUACCUCAGUCUCAACUCAUCAAAGUCUGCUAAAAGACUCAAAGCUGAGAUGGGCAAAGAUAGCAGUAACUUAGUACUCAGCAUGGAUGAAUAUGAGAGGGUCACCGAUGAAUUUCGAGGUGUUAAAGUUUGGUGGGUGUCAAGCAAGGUGGUCUCACCAACUCAAUCCAUGUACCCUCAGCAAGAAAGGAGGUACUACAAGCUCACCUUUCACAAGAAAGAUAGGGAGUUGAUAACCGAGGCUUACUUGCAGCAUGUGGUGAGAGAAGGGAAGGAGAUUAGGGUCAGGAACAGACAGAGGAAGCUUUACACUAACAGUCCUGGUUACAAGUGGCCAAGCUAUAAGCAGACUAUGUGGAGCCAUAUAGUCUUUGAGCAUCCUGCUACUUUUGAAACAAUGGCCUUGGAGCCAGAGAAGAAGCAGGAGAUUAUUGAAGAUCUUCUUACUUUUAGUAAGAGCAAAGAUUUCUAUGCAAGAAUCGGAAAAGCAUGGAAAAGAGGGUACCUUCUAUAUGGUCCACCAGGAACUGGAAAGUCUACCAUGAUCGCUGCAAUGGCUAACUUGUUGAAUUACGAUGUUUAUGAUUUGGAGCUUACUGCAGUGAAGGAUAAUACCGAGUUAAGAAAGCUUUUGAUCGAAACGACUAGUAAAUCGAUCAUAGUAAUUGAGGAUAUAGAUUGUUCACUUGAUCUUACAGGUCAGAGAAAGAAGAAAUCAGAGAAAUGCUUGGAUGAUGAGAAAGAUAAGCUGGAGAAGGAACUUCCUCGGAAAGAACUUAAAGAGGAGGCGAGCAGCAAGGUAACACUUUCAGGGCUGUUGAAUUUCAUUGAUGGGUUAUGGUCAGCUUGUGGGGGUGAAAGACUAAUUGUCUUUACCACAAAUUACGUGGAGAAGCUUGAUCCUGCUCUGAUAAGAAGGGGUAGGAUGGAUAAGCACAUUGAGCUUUCCUAUUGCAGUUUUGAGGCAUUCAAGGUUCUUGCAAGGAAUUACUUGCAGCUCGAAAAGCACCCCAUGUUCAACAUAAUUCAAGGGCUAAUGAAGGAGACUAAGAUCACACCUGCUGAUGUUGCAGAGAACCUUAUGCCAAAGUCCCCAUUAGAUAACGCAGAGAAGUGCCUUUCAAAUUUGAUUCAAGCGCUCGAGGAAGUUAAAGAAGCAGAAGCUCUGAAAACGGAGCAGGAAGAAGCAGCUAUUGAGAAAGCUGAGACUAGAAGAGAAGCAGAAAAGGAAGAGGCAGAAUACCCUGUCAAGUUAGGUGGUGUUCGGCAGCGAGAAAAUGGAGAAGCAGAAAAACCUUUUUGAACAAAGCACUUCCACUAGAUUCUUGUAUUAGAUAUUCUGCCAACAUGAUUUUUCCUACAAGAUUAAAGUGAUUAUUAAUAUGUAGAAGUUUCAAAAAUACGUUUGUUGGUUGCGGCUGCUGCAAGUCGUUUUUAGAGCUCAUAA